CACGGCAGUAUCUGCAAACUCCCCGCGCACACGGCAGUAUCUGCAAACGGCCCACCAAUACGGCUGUAUCUGCAAACGGCCCACCAAUACGGCUGUAUCUGCAAACGCUCCGCGAACACGUCAGUAUCUGCAAACGCUCCGCGCACCCGGCAGGAUCUUUAAACGCCCCGCGCACACGGCAGGAUCUGCAAACGCCCCGCGCACACGGCAGGAUCUGCAAACGGCAGCAUCUGCGCAGCACAGCCGGCUGCGUUUGCCUUAGAAGUAUGUGUUUAUAAGGUGGGGAACAGCAGACAGACUUAGAAGCUGUCCUACAGGUGUGGAUCUGUGGUGGAUCCAGGGGUCCUACCGGCUCGUUUUAUCCAGAGCGAACCAGGGAAUCAUCUCACCUCAGCUUUUACACCUUCGCCUCGAGAACCCAGAUUGCCGCGCGGAAGCAUGGAUGGAAGCUGCAGCGACAGUGAGUACUGGGACCAGCUCGUGCGAAUGUGCCUGUCCUGCGAGAGGAGCUGCGAGCACAGUCAAGGUAGAUGCGUCGAAUUCUGUGCGUCGCUCCAUUGCCGAGCCAGCCCGGGGAACUUCUACGACCCGCUGCUGAAACAGUGCAUGCAGUGCGCGGAGCUGUGCGGGAGCCACCCCGUCGAAUGUGCGCAGGCCUGCAAGGCUCAACCAACCGCCCGGAGUCUGACUCGGCUUCCGGAGGACAGAGCUGCACUUACGCCGUCCACCACCAGGGGGAGCUCCUUCCCGAGAGGGGAGCACCACACGGUCAUCAUCUACUCCCUCUUGGGCCUGUGUCUGGCCGCGCUCUUCUGCACCCUGUCCGUGGCCCUGGUGGCGCUGCUGUGCAGAUCGAGGGGCCGGGGGGCCAGGGGGGCCCGCAGGGCGGGGCCCCAGGAGGAGCAGGAAACCAGCGACGACGCCCUUCACCCUUCUUCCAAAGAUCGGCUGAUGGACGCGGUGGUUGGUGGGCGGGGUCAUGAGGAGAAGAAGGCGUGGCCUACGGUGGUUGGUGGACGGGGUCACGAAGAGAAGAAGGCGUGGCCUACAGAGACGUGCGUUCACUGCUUCCCCGAGCUCCGGGUGCAGCAGCGGGUCGAGGACAAGCUGCCGCCACCCAACGUCUACCAACAGGCCACGGGCAUGGCGCCCCCCUCUGAAGCCUCCACGCUACUGUACCAGGACGGCGUCGCCGUAGCGACGAACCGCCACGCCUCACUGCACGGCCCCGGAGGGAAGGACGGCGCCCUGAGGAUCAUCUGCUCUCCAACACAGAGCGGCUGAGAGGAGACAGCGCCCCCUAGUGGCACCAGGACUGCACCACCAUCCACAUCAGGCUAGAUUUCAAGUCACAAAAAAAAAAGACGUAUGAAGUCACAAUAUUGGGGGUCGCCUUAGGGGAGAACACGUUUAAAUGGGAUGGUAGUUUGGGGGGAUGAAGCUGCUUGGUUUAGUGGAUGGUUGUUGAUACAUGUACUGUUAUGACCUUAUUUAAAAUGUGAGACUAUGUUGUUACAGGAAAUGGGACAAAGAUAUCGAGUUCAGAAAUUGUUUCACCUUACUGACCAUAUGAGUGUGUGUUUGUGUGAGUGUGUGUCUGUUUCACAAUACAAGGACGUUAUGAGUGUGUGUAUGUAUGUCUGUGAAUAUGUGGGACAUUAUG